AUGGAUUUGAUGACUGCAUUGGAGUUGACUCUUAGGAAGUCACGUGCGCACGGUGGUGUGACUAGAGGUCUCCAUGAAAGUGCUAAGCUUAUUGAGAAGCGUGUUGCUCAGCUAUGUGUUUUGGCUGAUGACUGUAACCAACCUGAUUAUGUCAAGCUUGUUAAAGCUCUAUGUGCUGAUCAUAACAUCAAUUUGCUUACCGUUCCAAGUGCCAAGACCCUUGGUGAAUGGGCUGGUCUCUGCAAGAUCGAUUCGGAAGGCAAUGCUAGGAAAGUGGUUGGAUGCUCUUGUGUUGUAAUUAAGGAUUACGGAGAGGAGACAACUGCUCUCAACAUCGUUAAGAAGCAUCUCGAAUCUCACUAA